AUGACGCCUCGAGAGCACACAGUUUGGCGGUUCAGCGAACUGGGAAAAGGUCCAACUGCACUAAAGCAGCACCGUGAACCAGUUCUGUCUCCAGGUCCUGGCCAAUAUCUCGUUCGUAUUCAUGCUGUGUCGCUCAAUUACCGCGACAUCGCGAUCCCUAAUGGCACAUACGGCCUUCCUGGGAUCAACGCAGGAAUCGUACCAUGCGCGGAUCUCGCCGGUGAGAUCGUGUCCGCAGGCGAGCGAACCUCACAACUCCAACCCGGUGAUAAGGUUACUUCCCUCUUUCACCUGAAGUACCUAUACGGCGAUGCUGCUCCUGAUCGUACCAACGUUCUUGGUGGCCCGCUAGAUGGAACUCUGCAGGAAUAUCGCGUCUUUGACGAGGUAGUGUUACUUGGCGCACCAGCGUAUCUCUCAUAUGAAGAGCUCUCCACAUUCCCUAUCGCAGGACAGACCGCCUGGAAUGCGCUCUUCGGUGGAAAACGCCUGGCACCAGGAGAAACUGUACUUCUGCAGGGCACGGGCGGCGUAUCCAUGUUUGGCCUGCUCAUCGCGCGCCGCGGGCGCCCGCACAAUCAUCACCUCUUCGUCCGAUGA